AUGGCAGCCCAGCCUGAAGCGCAGAAGCAGCCUUCAUGGUGGCAGAGGAUCUUCACCACUGCACCAAGAGGACAGUAUGCAGUGGAUGAAAAGCAGCAGGUCGUCAAGGAGAAUGAGUUCGUCAUCAUGCGCUGGAACUUGUUGUUCUUGAUCUUCGACUUCAUUAUCAUCCCGUUGCCCUUGUGGAUCGACAUCUUUUGCCCCAUCUUUGCCGCGGUCUAUGGCUUGUUCGUGGGAUGGUUGGGUGCCUUCCUCUUGACGGUUUGUGCCUGGCGUUCCUUGCAGGCCAACUACUUGAUGAACCGGGUGGUGGAUGACACUUGGGAAGACAAGAUCCCUCGCAACACCGACGAGGAGAGGCGUUUGGCGGAUAACUUGCAGCACUUGGUGAUGAUGUGUGGUUAUAAGGAGCCGAUGGAGGUGAUCUGCCAAUCCAUUGACUCCUUGGCGGCACAAUCCGUGGCUCACCGUCUCAUCGUGGUGAUUGGCCUCGAAGAAGGCACGCCCGAUGUGGCUGAGAAGGCUGCUCGCCUGAAGGAGCGCUAUGCAAGGUCCUUCAAGCGCUUCCACGUGACGAAGCAUCCAAAGCAGUGGGCCGGUGGCCGUGAGAUCCGUGGGAAGUGCUCCAAUGCCAACUACACCAUGCGUGCUGCCGUGACGCGCCUGGAGGAGUAUGGUGACCUGGAUUUGAGCUGCACCACCGCCACCAGCUGUGACACCGAUUCCAUCUUCGCACCGCGCUACUUCGAGAAUCUGGGCUAUCAGUUCUUGACCUCCCCCAAGGCCAAAGAGGUGGUUUGGCAGGCGCCACUUUACUACAAUCAUUUCUUAAAUGAAAGACCUUUCUAUGUCCGUGCCAUCGGCAUCAUGCGCGCAGCCUACAUGCUUGGCUUCUUGAUUCCCUUUAACAUCAACACCAUGUCGAUCUUCAGCUUCUCCUUGGACCUUUGCAUCAAAGGGGAGUUCUUCCAUGCACACUAUCAGAUGGACGACAUCAUCUACACCUUGACCUGCAUGCAGGCUCUCCAGAAGCGCGUGGAAAUUCUCAUGAUUCCUAUGCCAGUGGUCUCUGGCCCCACUAGUGGCGGCAGCCAAUGCGAGGAGUUCAGCGAGUGGUUCCGCCAGAGUGAGCGCUGGACAAUCGGUGCCUGUGAGGUCUUCCACUACUUCGUGGUGAAGCGUCGCCGCUACAACUGCGCAGCGGCCAUGUCCUAUGGCACUUGGUUCGUGAUCUACUAUGGCUUCAUUUUGUGCUCUCUUACCUUGACAGGACUUGCCGGAUUCAUCAACUAUGCUUUGGUCAACGCCAAACGCGACACCAUCCAGCAGAUGGCAGAACACACAGGCCAGUAUCCUUUGGAUGCUGCAGCCAACACUGGAGUGAUGAUCGCAGGCUUUUCCAGCCUUGCUUGGACCUACAUCGUUUUCCUGAUCUUUUUCUACCUUGAUCGUGAAGGUUGUAAGCUGAUCUAUCACUUGAAGAUGAAGCCACAGGGUGCUGAAGAUACUGGAUUCUGUCAGAACUUCAAGGAUUGGAUUUUGAUGUGGCCAAGUUUGGUGAUGUACUCAUGCGUGAGCUAUUGGGCCAUUAUCAAGGUCGCUUUCUACGGUAAGAGGGUUUGUGGCCACGAUCCGUCCAGCAAGGAUAAUUUGCGCGGGUUGCCGCUGGGUGAAGCCUUGACCUCCGAGGCCUCCACCGCCGCCGAAGCCUCUGAGAGUGACGCCUAA